CGCGUGUUGGGCAGCCCAAACGCUAUUUGGAGCGGACUGGCGACACGUGUUUGACUGCCGAACAAAUACUUUCACCGCGCUCUACGCUUGCGCCCGGAAGCUGGCCGUUCAAAGCAUCGGGCAGCCUCUAACACCAUGAAGCCCGACGACGCGCCCGUCGACGAUCUCCUCGCAUUGAUCCGAAAUUGUCUCGGAGACGCUGCCCAGGGCUGCGCAUCGGAGCUCAGGACUCAAGGCGUGCAAGGCGUCGAUGACUGGUCGAUCCUCGAGACCGCGGGCGAACAACACUGUCUUGACGUCCUCGCGGCUGUCGCCACGAAGCACUCGUUGAACGCCGUACAGGUCGCGCGCCUGCGCGUCGCACUGCGGGGGCAGGGGCAGCGGUUCGCCGCGCCGCGCUGCGACGCGGCACCGGUCAAGGACGGCCUCCGACUACCCAUCGGGCAGGCGUUCCGUCGGUUCACGCUCGGUAACCUGCUGGAGAUGAUGUUUCUCUUCAGCAAUAGGCCGGGCUGGUACCGCGCCGUGUUCGACGCGCUGGACGGCUACCGCCUCCGGGAGGCCUACUUCGAGAGCUGCCAGAUAUUUAUGUUGGUGUCGGCUCUUCUGAUGGGCGGUAAUUUGACCCUCAUCACCUACGAUCUCGGUCGGGACCAGACGCGAGGGCCGCCAUUGCACAUCAUCUGCCUCACGCUCAACCUCUUCGCCUUCUUUUGUGGCUUCUGCGCCGUCCUGUUCCAACUGUACGCGCUGCACGCGUACCUGCCCGUCCACGUCGACAAUUUGCGGGACGUGUUGCGAGCGAGUCGCAUGCUACCAAUGACGGGAGGCCUCUACUUCGGGCUGUCGGCAUGGGGCAUUUUCCUCGGUCUCGUGUGCGAGAGUAUGCGCCCCCUUGAGGGCCUCAACUUCUGGCUGUUUAGGGUGAGGGACUUUGGGUGGGGCUGGCGCAUCGUGCCUCUGCUGGCGAUGGGUGUCUGCUUCGUUACGGUCCAGAUCCCGUUCUUCAUUCAAAUAUCCGGGGUGGAUCGAAUCAUCGCGCACUCCGGCGCACUUGGGGAGAGGCAAGUAUUACCGAACGAGGCCGUCGCCUGGUCCGCGUCGACGACGAAGCGGUCUCUGGCGGCCGUCGCCCUGAGCGAACAGAACAGAGACCUUGAGGAGCUGUACGUGCGUCGCCGGCGCGCGCCGCCCGCCGGCGACGCGGCGCCAUCGCCCAGGCGCGGCGCACGACUGAUGCCCAAGGCCCGUUAA